AACAAUAAACUCAAAAUCUCUAUAAUCAAGAUAAUAACAUAACAACAGAAAUAACAACUAAACGUGUUAAUAAGUAAAGAUUUAAUGUGUUUACGCUGUACAAGAAAUACAACACUUAUCUGGCAAACAGGAGUUGCAAAAGAAAAGGGUAACAAUGCAGAGUGUGACGGAUUCGCCGAUUCCGUCGACGUCGUCGGCGCAAUCAGUAUGUCCGAUUUGCAACAAACGAUUCCCAAUGAGCCUCAUAGAGGAACAUGCUGACCAAUGUGCCAUGAGCAACGAAAACCAUUCCGAAGGUCCAAAAGAAGCACAGGAGCUCCCGGUUCAAUCCAGCUCCACGCAAGUCAAAACACCAAAGCGCAACUACAGCAUCUUCGAACACGGUCCAUCGGGGUCGGCCGCGAAAAAAAAGCGUACACAACCGAUGCCAGAUCGAACGGUGGAAGAGCUGGAAUCGGAUGUGAUUAGCAUCGAAAUAGACGAUGAAGACAAAGCAAGCCAAGAAACUAAAGAUGUCAACUCGGUCCAGAUGGGAUCGGUCGUACCGCUGUCUGCUGCAAAUUCCAAUCGGCUAAAGUCAGCGCAAGAAGAUUCCAGUAUUCCGCUAGCUGAACGCGCACGACCAGAACAAAUCGAAGAUUACGUCGGACAGGAGCAAAUCAUCGGGCGGAACACAAUCUUGCGCACGCUGUUCGACAGUGGCGCCAUACCCAGUAUGAUUUUCUGGGGGCCGCCAGGAUGCGGCAAGACAACGUUGGCGCACAUCAUCGCAAACCACUGCAAAAACAGCGAGCUACAAACGCGAUUCGUGAAGCUGUCGGCCGCGAUGUCGGGCACUGCAGAUGUGAAGGAUGCGGUGAGCAAGGCCAAAAACGAGAAGAAAUACAAACGCAAGACGAUUUUGUUUAUGGACGAGAUCCAUCGCUUCAACAAAUUGCAGCAGGAUAUUUUCCUACCGCACGUCGAGGCUGGCACGAUAACGCUUAUCGGAGCGACGACGGAAAAUCCGUCGUUCACUCUAAACUCGGCCCUGCUCAGUCGCUGUCGGGUGAUCGUUUUAGAAAAACAUUCGGUCGAAAGCAUGAUGCGCAUUUUGGAGCGUGCCUUACCACAGUACGAUGCGGUAAUGAUAGCGGACAACAACAACACCGACGAUAUUCCGGAUUUCAGCAAGCUGUCCUUCGUGCCACGCAUCAUCAUCAAGGAAGAAACCGUCCGGUGGUUGGCCGAAACGUGCGACGGUGAUGCUCGGAUUGGUCUGAACAGCCUACAGUUGGCACUGCGUGCGAAAGCGCCGUUAGAAAAUGAAUCCCCAAGCGUGAUCUCGCUGGAGGACAUCCGGGAGGGCAUCAAAAAGUCGCACCUUCUGUACGAUCGUAAAGGCGAUCAACACUAUGACCUAAUUUCGGCGCUUCACAAGUCGAUCCGCGCGUCAGAUGAUAAUGCCGCACUGUACUGGGUGACGCGGCUAAUUGCAUCCGGGGAGGAUCCGCGCUACAUCUGCCGGCGAAUGAUCCGCAUGGCCAGUGAAGACAUCGGAAUGGCCGACACGAACGCAUUGCAAGUGGCAACGACGACGCUGGCCGCCGUUCAAGCCGUCGGCAUGCCGGAAGCGGAUUGUAUCCUCGCGCACUGUGCCGUAUACUUGGCGCGCACCAGCAAAAGCCGCGAAGUGUACGAGGCGUUUAAAACGUGCCGCACUUCGAUCGAAAACUGGAAAGGGCCGAUGCCCGGAGUUCCGCUGCAUCUGCGCAAUGCACCGACGAAGCUCAUGAAAGAUUUGCAAUACGGUGUGGGAUACAAUUAUCUUCAGAAGGAUGAGUCUGGCCUCACCUACAUGCCCGAGGGACUCGAAGAUGAGAAGUACUUUUCGGAUUAG